GUUGAUAGUCGAGAGUUUCAAGCCUUAUAUAUAACAGGGCGGUUCCUAAUGUCCCCUUCAAACCCAAUUGUGGCUGUCAAUGCAUGAUAUAGUGACGUCAUUGACGUAGAAAAUGCUACGUUAGCUCAUCGCCCAACAAUGCCAGUUUGCUAAGAGACUCGAGACACAGCCUCGGGAAUGUCUAAUCGACCAGUUCGUUUGUUCGAUGAUAGAAAUGCAUAUGCUUCUCAGGGCUCAGGGCUUUAUGCCUGUGCCUUCCUGUUUGGGUAUUGAUGCACGUGAAGCAUGGAAGCGGUUAGUCAUGUGUGCAGAUCCUAAUUCGGCCACAUGCCAGCAUUUCAACUUCAGCUUCAACUGCGGCAUUGAAACUUUUCAAGAGCGUGGACCUCUUGGCGCUGGGAGUUUUGUUCCCACUCUCCCCUCUGAUAGACACAUUCAUUUCCCCAUCCUAGUGCCAACCUUGACGGAACCUCCUGACUCAAUCCACCCAAUUCCCCUUAACCUUGACCUAAUUGACGGACUAAUAUCCACCUUGCAUCGAUUCCCUCGUAUUCGGCAGAUUAGCGACCAAUCAGCCCCUCUGCCAAUGCCAAUCGUAGGGCCAAGGUUCUUGUAUGACAGCAAACCGGACAAAACACCUACCAGAACGUACGAAGGGUGGCCUCGGGCUCCAGUCGCAAGCCAAUAAUCGGAGAUCGUGCCCUGAUGGAGGCUCUUCCCGUCUCCGAAUGUUACCACGGUUAACCUCGCAACGAUUUCUAGCCUUGUGAUAAUAAUCGCUCUAUCUGCAUGAGUGCUAGUAUGCCCGCAUUUGAGAGGCCGUCAGGUUUCUGGGGACUCCAGUUUGAGUAAAGAUUAUCCACACC